GCUGCUGGUUAUAGAGCGAGCAACGACAACCAUCCCCGGCACAGCAGAGAAAUUCUCUCUCUUAUAUCCGUUUCCGCAUUCGGGGCGCCCGAAAAUGGAAGGAGCCGGGUCGAGACUAAGCCGGGCCUCGUCCCGGUACGGCCCGACGGCCACCGUCUUCAACGGCCCCGUCCGGAAGUGGAAGAAGAGGUGGGUCCACGUGUCGCCGCCGCCGCCGUCGGCCACCCACACCAACCACCACAAGCCCCACUUCCGGCCCAACAACCCCUCGUCCGCUCUCUUCCUCUGCCGCUGGACCCCCGUCUCCUCCGGCGCCUCCGCCGCGUCCGACGGCGACGACGGCUCGGGCUCGGCGGAGGAGACCCCCAGGCGCAAGUAUCGCUACACUCCGAUUGCUGCGCUUGAAGAUCAUACUAAAACAGCUGCAAGAAAAGCAGAUGAAGGCAAAAUAAGUGAAAACUACCCAAGCACUGGUGGGCCAAUGGUCGAGAACGACGAUAUAUAUGGGAAAAUUGAUCAUAGCGAUGACGAGGACAAAGAAGUUCAGAAUUCGAGCAAGGGGGGUUUAGAUUUGGGCGUGUCUCUGGAUGAAACUGAGAAUGGUCACGAUGACGAUGAAGACAAGAGCACAACCAUGUUGAAAACAACCGCAAGCGGCUUCUGGUCAAUGGGUUGAGGCCACUCGAUGGGAGACGGAAAACAGCAACUGAGAAUUUCUGCUGUGUUUUAUUGGGGUAAGAUUUGGCAACUGAUUUCCUGUCUAGGUAAUAACUCCAGUUUGACAUUUAGGGCGUCAUGUAUCUAGUAGGUGUAGGUGUAGCAUAGGCAGUCUGUAUAAAUCCACCGAGGCGAUACUCAAGUUGCUCCUGUAAAUAUUUUGCUGUGCAAAUAUGUGGCGCUCUCUCUCGGUGCGCUCUCUCUCUCUC